GGGUUGAUACAAAGCUGAAAUUCACUCUUGAGCCAUCUUUAGGUCAAAACGGUUUUCAGCAGUGGCAUGAUGCUCUCAAAGCAGUGGCUAGAUUGCCAACAGGCAUCCCGAAAGAAUGGCGGAGAAAGGUUUGGCUGACCCUAGCUGAUCAGUACUUACACAGUAUAGCCAUUGACUGGGAUAAAACCAUGCGUUUCACAUUCAACGAAAGAAGUAAUCCUGAUGAUGAUUCUAUGGGCAUCCAGAUAGUAAAGGACCUUCACCGAACUGGUUGCAGUUCUUACUGUGGCCAGGAGGCAGAGCAAGAUCGAGUGGUAUUAAAACGUGUUUUGCUGGCUUAUGCCAGGUGGAAUAAAUCUGUUGGCUAUUGUCAAGGAUUUAACAUAUUGGCCGCACUUAUUCUGGAAGUAAUGGAGGGCAAUGAAGGAGAUGCCCUGAAAAUUAUGAUUUACCUAAUUGAUAAGGUGCUUCCUGACAGCUAUUUUGUCAAUAAUCUCCGUGCUCUCUCUGUGGAUAUGGCUGUUUUCCGAGAUCUUUUACGGAUGAAGCUUCCUGAACUUUCCCAGCACUUGGACACCCUGCAAAGAGCUGCUAACAGAGAAAGUGGAGGAGGCUACGAACCCCCACUAACAAACGUCUUCACAAUGCAGUGGUUUCUGACCCUUUUUGCCACUUGUCUACCUAACCAUACAGUUUUGAAGAUCUGGGAUUCGGUAUUCUUUGAAGGCUCUGAGAUUAUACUGAGAGUAGCUUUGGCUAUCUGGGCAAAGUUAGGAGAGCAAAUAGAGUGUUGUGAAACUGCAGAUGAGUUUUACAGUACCAUGGGCAAGCUGACCCAGGAGAUGCUGGAAGACAGUCUGAUUGACAGCAAUGAGCUCAUGCAGACUGUUUAUACCAUGGCUCAGUUUCCCUUUCCGCAACUGGCAGAAUUAAGGGAGAAAUACACAUACAACAUUACUCCUUUCCCUGCACCAGUAAAAUCAACUUCGCUUUCAGGAAGGCUAGGCAGAACCAGAGACAGUGAUGAGGAGAAUGACCUGGAUGAUGAAGACUCGAUUGCCAAUGCAAUUGGCUGCCUUGGACCAUUAAGUGGGUUUUUGGCACCUGAGCUGCAAAAAUAUCAAAAGCAGAUGAAAGAUCAGAAUGAAGAACAAAGUCUGGGUUCCAGUAACAUUGCAGAAUUAAGCCCAGGAGCGAUAGACUCUUGCCGAAGCGAGUAUCAUGCUGCUUUUAACAGCAUGAUGAUGGAGCGUAUGACCACUGAUAUUAAUGCACUGAAAAAGCAAUAUUCCAGGAUAAAGAAGAAGCAGCAACAGCAGGUUCACCACGUGUAUAUCAGAGCAGGAUCUGAAGACGAUGACCCUGGGUUUUUUUUAGGUCCCAGGGACCAGCUGAACAAUGACAAAGGGCCAGUUACCAGCCUCCUCCCUUCUCAGGUAAACCAUUCCCCAGUGAUAAACCACCUCCUUUUAGGAAAGAAGAUGAAACUGAAUAACAGGUCUCUCAAAAAUGCUGUUAUUCACAUCCCAAGUCACGCUACAGGCAAGAUGUCUCCUGUUCCCCAAGAAGACCUUAAAACAAAACUGAACUCUCCGUGGCGCACUCACAUACGAGUUCAUCGAAAGAAUAUUGCCAGGGCCAAAGGCCAGCUGGGCUACGGGGAUACCAUAGGACUAAUAGAUGAGCAGAGCGAGAGCUGUAAAACUAACAGUCCUGGGGCAAAGCAGGAGGCUUCCAAACAUUCUGACUUUGGAGAAAGAGGAGGGGGGUUGGAUGACAGGACUACUGGAGAAGCUGACCAGCAGUCGUCUGAGCCAGUCUUUACGGACAGCAGUACAAACAUGUCAGUGGUCCAGCUAAAACUGGAAGCGCUGGAGCUCAGCUCAGAUAAGAAAACCGAUGCUGAGUCAAUGCCCCAUCAGUCAGUCCAGCCGCGUUUAUCCCAGUCCUCCAGUUCAUCCAGCGACAGUGGAAGCCUGGCUAAAUCCCCCCAGCCUGGGAACCCAAAGCCACAAGUCUUCAAUCCUUUUCCCAGUGUCAAGCCUCUUCGAAAGUCGGCUACAGCCAGGAAUUUAGGGCUAUACGGCCCCACUGAAAGAACGCCAACUGUACACUUCCCACAAAUGAGCAGAAGUUUCAGUAAGUCUGCCAGUGGCAACAGUGGGACCAGGAAACGAUGA